UAGAACUCGUUCGCAGCAGUCAGUCGUGAUCUGCUGCUUGAUCGGAUAAGAACCGUGCCGUACCGUUUUGUCCUGUAGCACCUGCAUCCUGCAUUUCAGGAUCGUCUAGACACGUACACGCAUACAUACUUGCAAGUGACCUAACAGCUGAUUGAACGCAGUGCGGGUGUUUUGUGCCGGCAGAUAGUGACCGAAUUUUGGCGCCCUACUUUACUGCUACUCCAAAGGGGGUGGAAAAUCGCUGCCGCAGGAGCAAUUUUCGCAGCUGCGCACAAAGCGGCUGUUUUUAACCCGGCCCGGCCGUGUGUGAUUCGUAGUGACAGUUCCCGGUGGGGCGGAAACAUUAGCCAACAGUUUAUCAGUUAAUUAGGAAUGCACUCGAACUGAACGAUCCGAAGCACAAAACCUGACCGGUGGCUGGAGCCGAAGACAUAAGUGCAAUAAUUUAAUCGCAGUUCAAUAGCAGCGGCUGGUGGUGUACUUGUUUAAAUGUGAUAAUCUGCGAAUGAGCUUCCUUAUAUCCACUACUUCCUACAAAAACGCCGUUAGUAAGCUCCAUGUUAACUGCCCAUAGUUAGUGUUAAAACAACAUCGAAACAACAAUCAGUCAAGUUUUCUCCAAGUGAACCGAUCAAUUACCAUUUUAAAUAGUUUUUAAGAAAAACGCACGCACACACACACACACACAGCAGCAAAAAUGGCCACGACAAACGAAACGAUGUCCUCCAACUAUUGGGACUUCCUGUUCACCGAGCUGGCCGACCCCCGGACGAACCAUUGGCCGCUAAUUUCGUCUCCGGUACCAGGUUUGACCAUCAUCGCCAGCUAUCUGUACUUCGUGCUCAAUUUCGGACCGAAAUAUAUGGCCAACCGAAAGCCGUUCCAGAUGCAAAAACUGCUGGUGGUGUACAAUUUUCUGCAGGUGCUAGUCAGCGUGUAUUUGUUCUUUGAGGGCCUGGACGGUGCCUGGCUGCGGCACUAUAGCUGGCGAUGUCAACCGGUGGAUUGGACCGACAAUCCGAUGGCAAUGCGGGUUGCUCGAGGAUGUUACGUGUAUUUCCUGGCGAAACUCUCCGAACUGCUGGACACGGUGUUCUUCACGCUACGGAAAAAGGACAAUCAGAUCAGUUUCCUACAUCUCUAUCACCACACCGUGAUGCCGAUGAUCUCCUGGGGUGCCACCAAGUACUUCCCGGGAGGACACGGAACGUUUAUAGGAGUGAUCAACUCGUUCGUCCACAUCGUGAUGUACACCUACUACAUGUUCGCUGCCAUGGGCCCACAAUUCCACAAGUAUCUUUGGUGGAAGAAGUACAUCACCGAUCUGCAAAUGAUCCAAUUCGGAAUGGCAUUCAUUCACUCUGCCCAGCUGCUGUGGACCGACUGCGGCUAUCCUCGCUGGUCCGUGUGUUUCACGCUGCCGAACGCCAUUUUCUUCUACAUGCUGUUUAACGAUUUCUACAAGAAGACCUACGGUAUCAAGAGGGCAGCCCGGCUGGCAGCAGCGAAACGGAAGGCCGAGGAGGAAAAACUGCGGCGCGAGAGCAACGGAAAACUCGCCAACAAAGAACUGUAAAUUUUCCCCGAUUCGAAUCCCAGAUACCACCAAUUUCAACCUCCGUAGGUUUAUCACAUUCCCAAUUUUAGAAAAAAAAAUCACACACUAAAGAACUCUUAACUUUCCCAUCUCAUUACCGCCUCCCCCCCUUGAACCUUUCCCCCGUCAUCAUCAGGUUACCAUUUAGGGAGAAAAUUUUUUUCUCUGUUCUUAGAACAAAGUGCAUAUUUGCUCAUUACAAAGUCUACUCAUAGGGUUAGUGUAAAGUUGUGUGAGAGAACCUUCGUUCUGUAAGGGCGUU